GGCCUGAGGGACGACCCCGAGCGAGCCCGGCCAUGGGCGACAGACGGCGAGGGGAGAACGGCGAACCGGGCACGGGAUUUGGUGUUGAUUCAGAGGAACCCAGCUCCCUGCUGCAGAGGGCAGUGGCUCUGCUGCACAGCUCCUCCCUGGAGUGCCAAUCCCAGCAGGGAUUCCAGUACAGCAAAGCCAUCCUGGUGCAAAAUCAGCUGCUCCUCACUGAGUUUCAGGAUUUUGCCAAGGCCAAGGCAGCUGCUGGGUACAGGCAGGAGGAGCUGCAGGAAACUUUUGCAUUUCUGAUUUUUGCCAAGGAGGAGGAGGCCCAGCAGGUUUGUGAGCGGGGGCUCCGUGUCAGCUCCAGCUCCAGCUCCACCCUGGGGGACCCAGCCCAAGGUGUUUAUAUUUCCAAAUAUUCCGAUUUCCUGCAGCACCAGGGACAGGCAGCACACAUUGUCAUUUGUAAAGUCAUCAAGGGCAGGGUCAGAGCCAUCAGGAGCAGCUCCAGCUCCAGCAGAGCCCCCACGGCCGGGUUCGACUGCCACGAGGGGAACCAGCAGCUGUUCCUGUACGAGCUCAGCGGGGGCGGCGCGGCCGAGAGACCCCGGCAGGUCUGUCCCUACAUCCGGCUGGAGAGACGGAAAAGGGAGCAGCUGGGGGACAUGGAGACACUAGAGGAGCAGAAGAGCCAAGCCCGGUUCUGUCCGUGGCGGGGCCAUCUGUCCAUCCAGGGCCGUGUGCUGUGUCCCAUCGCGCUGCGCACGCGCUUCGGCUGCGGGAUCCCUGCGCAGCUCCCUCCCAACCUGGACAUCCAACACGUCAUGGGCCUGUCUGACCUGAGGAAGAAACUUCCAGAAGCCACAUUUGGGAAAAAAAAUUACACAGGGAACGAAGUUUGUUUCCAGGGUGUUUAUUGCAGUCUGUACGAGGUGGAAAUUUCCAGAAAGGAUCAAUCCAAAAUGGAUCAGCUGCUGGAAAAGCUCAGGGAGAAGGAUUUGGCCAUCAUCAAAUUCCUGCGGGACCGGGGGGUGCUGAUCCUGCUCACCUCCAGCGCCCUGGCGCGCGAGGACGGGCUGGAGCCCAAGGAGCCUGGGACCCUCCUGGCCCUGUUCCUGUUCAGCUCCCCCAGGGCCCUGAGCCCACAAGUGGAGCCCGAGCCCAGGGAUGGCAGGAGGGGCAGUGCCAGGGCUGGAAUCUCCCUGAAAAUCACCUCAGUGCUGCCCGGGCUGCGCUACGCCCUGAGGAGAGCAGCCAGCUCCUGCUGGGACAGCACAGACAUCCAGGAGCACCUGCAGGAAUAUUCCAGAAUUCAGGAGGACUCUCAGCCUGCCCAGAUCUCCCUCCCAGCUCAGGAGGAAGGAGAUGAAAAUCCCCAGAAAUUCCUGGAGCCCUCCCUGGCCCAGCUGCGGCGUUACCUGCGCGAGCCCGGCGCUUACACCCUGGGCUUGGCUGCAGCUCUGGGCUGUGUCAGGGCUGAUGGGAGAGCUCUGGGGAGCUGCUCUUCCUCCUCCUCUUCCUCUUCCUCCUCCUCAGGGGAGCCAGCCCCUGCUGCAGACACUGCCACCAAAAGUGUCACCUCCCCCAGCAAGCCGUGGGGAAGGGAGAGCAGGAGGAAAUCCAGCAGGAUCCUGGGCAGGGCACAGGCUCAGCCUGGGGAUGGGGACAGCAGGGCGUGGGUGACAGCCAGGAAAAAAAACCAAACUGCUGCUCCCAAAAAGGCAGCAGGCACAGGCAGCUCCAGUGAGGCUCUGCUCAAGUUGGCCAAUCUACAGCUGCCCCAUGGCAGGAAACGAGGUGCAGAGGUGCUGGCUGCAGAAAUCAUCCUCAAACCCCAGAGUGAAUCUGCUGAGAAGGAAAUUUCAGCUCCUGAUGCUCCUGGAGUGGAAGCAAAGAGACCAAAAAUUCAGGAAAACCCAGAAAAAAGGAAAAUUCCUGUGGCUGAGAGCAAGGCAGGGAAAACCAAAAUGCAGAAAAACCUGGAGAACAAAACAUCCAAAACUACAGAGGAGCAGCCAGGGAAUGAUCCUCUGGAUCCUCCCAGCUCAGCCUCACCCCAGAGCGUGGAGCCCCCAAGGGCUGCCCUGACACCCCCAGAUCCCCCCAGUUCUGGGGAUUCAUGUGAGCCCCAUGCCCUGAACCUGCUGGCUGAGCUGGCCCUGAGCUCCUGCAUCCCUGCCUUCAUCCCCCAGAACCCAGACCCCAAAUCCCAAUGGAAGGAGAAAUAUCAGUUCCACCUGGACAGCAGGUACACCAACAAUUCCCUGGAGAAGGCUGUGGUGCGUGCCCUGCACGGCCCCUGGGACCCUGCUCUCCCAGACGACGUGGAGGGGAUGAAGCUGAUCCUGCACACGUGGGUGGCUCUGUUCUACAGGCAGCCCAGCAAACUCCUCAGCAGCUCCAGGAAAGUGGUGGAGCACAUCAACCCCAAAAAAUUCGUCUCCAUCAACAGCUCCAGCGCUUUCCUGGAGCUCAAAAAUCCUGGAAAUGCCGAGCCUGGGGGAGCCACAGAGGAAAAUGAGCAACCCCAGGAGCCCCCUGAGCACCCCAGAAAAGAGGAGAGGAGGGAGGUGGAGGAGGAGAAGGAGGAGUUGGAGGAUGAGCUCUCCUUCCUGGGCGCUGUGGAUUUGGUGCUGUCCGAGAGCAGCGAUGCCGAGAUGGAAUGCGAGCAGAACCCGGGGAAUUCGGCGUCUCCAGAGCAGCUGGGGGCUCCUGAACAGGACCCCGUGCCCAGCCCCACCUCUGUGACAUCCCCCUGCCCCCACACAUCCUCCCCAGCUCUGUCCCACGAGGCCAGGCCUGACCCUGGAGGUUUCCCUGAGGAGACUUCACCAAAGCAGGACGAGCUCCCGGAUCCCUGGGAUGCUCCAACCACGCUGGAUUCUGACACCAACAGGGCAGGAGCAGCCAGUCCAACCCAGCUGGGGUCACCCCACAGUGACAGUGGGGAGCUGCUGUGUCCCCCUGAGCCCAGCCCUGUGCAGGGGGCACAGCCUGACAGCGUCACAGACAGCCCAGGACCUGCUGGAGACACAGAGAACGGCUCAGAGCAGAAAAUCCAGGAUCAACCAUUCCCAGUGGUCUGGCAGCUGUGGCAGUCCCAGGAGCUGUGGAAGCCCCAGGAAUUCUGGCAGUCCCAGGAGCUGUGGCAGUCCCAAGAGCUGUGA